AAGAACGAGCUGAAGGAAAAAGCUAACUUCCUAGAGCUACAGUAUAGUAAACUCCGAGUUUUUCACCACAAAAAAUGUCUAAACUAGAAGUGUUUAGGGAUUUUAUCAUUCAGCGAUUAACAACGGCAACUUUGGAGAUAAUUGCAACCGCUGAAAAAUCAUUUGCCGAGUUAGAAGAGGAAAUUUAUCGUUCAAAGGGAGAGAGCGCACGACUGCAACGGUUGUUGGACAUUGUUACUCAACCUGAGAUCAAGCUUCACCGAACAGAUGUGCAACAUGUCUCUCUCCCGGAGCCCCCACAGAUUAUAGAGGAACACAAGCUGUGGAUCAGUCAGGAGGAAGAGCAGCUCCAAGGACUGCAGUCUGAAACUACACAUUCCAUGUUCACUUCUACCAGUGUGAAACAUGACUGGGAUCAGGAAGGCUUUUCUGAAUGUUCACAUCUUGACCAAACUGUUAAAGUGGAGAACAGAGAAGGAGACUCUUUACCCAUCAACACAACUGAGGAGCAAAUCAAAGCAGAGCCUGAUGGACAAGACUAUCCAGCAGCACCAGAACCAGGCAGUGACUCUCAGCCCCUCUCCUUUGGAGCUCCAGACUGUCCUACAGCUCAAGAGGAAGAGGAACAUGGAAGGGCGCUGCUUUUUCAGAACAGGACACAAAACAGUGAGGCUCUACCAAGAGAACAUAUGCCACAGAGACGUCACACAGGAAAAACAAAACAUCAGUGUCAACAAAGUAACAAACAGUUUGCUCAGAAAGUGUAAUCAGUGUAAUCUGGUUGGACACAUGAGGAUACACACUGAAGAGAAACCAUAUCAAUAUAUGCAGCAGCUCUGUCUCCCGGAGCCCCCAAAGAUAAUGAAGGAACACAAGCUGUGGAUCAGUCAGGAUGAAGAGCAGCUCCAAGGACUGCAGUCUGAAACUACACACUCCAUGUUGACUUCUCCCAGUGUGAAACACGACUGGGAUCAGGAAGGCUUUUCUGAAUGUUCACAUCUUGACCAAAUUGUUAAAGUGGAGAACAGAGAAGGAGACUCUCUACCUAGCAACACAACUGAGGAGCAAAUCAAAGCAGAGCCUGAUGGACAAGACUGUGCAGCACCAGAACCAGGCAGUGACUCUCAGCCCCUCUCUGUUGAAGCUCCAGACUGUCCUACAGCUCAGAGUUUGGAGGAGGAGGAACAUGAAGGAGAGCUGCUUUUACAGAACAGAACACAAAACAGUAAGGUCCUACCAGGGGAACAUAAGUCACAGAGACGUCACAACGGAAUAACAUUACAUCAGUGUCAACAAAGUAACAAGCAGUUUGCUCAGAAGUGUAAUCUGGUUGGACAAAUGAGGACACACACAGGAGACAAACCGUACCAAUGUCGGGAGUGUAACAAACUAUUUGCUCAAAGUGGUUAUCUGUUAAAACACAUGAGGACACACACAGGUGACAAACCAUAUCAGUGUCAGGAAUGCAACAAACUGUUUGAUCGGAAGUGCAAUCUGGUUGGACACAUGAGGAUACACACAGGAGAGAAACCAUAUAAGUGUCAGGAAUGUAAGAAAAUAUUUCGUAUGAAGUCACAUUUGGUUGUGCACAUGAGGACACACACAGGAGAGAAACCUUAUCAAUGUGAGGAAUGUAACAAAUUAUUUUCUCAAAGUAGCAAUCUGGUUGAACACAUGAGGAGACACAGGAGAGAAACCACAGGUCCUCCAUCUCCCCUAAAACAAACCCUAGGGCAGGGCUGUGAAACAUAUGGCCCGUCGGAUGUCUUUGCUAAGUUUGAAAAUUACAACAAGACAUAAAUCGCAUUUCUGUAAAAGUAACUGCUAUUCCGAAUCCAAAUGUCUAUUAAGAAUAUGCAGGUUUAUGAGUACAAACGUUUGGUCAUUGUUUUUAAUCGAUCCAGUAAUUGCUUCAAAAACAGCGUCAAUGCGAUGUCUGCUGCGGAGGCAGCAGCGCUCAUUGCCACAGGCAGCAGCGCUCGCUGCUCGCUUUGUGACGCGUUUGACGUCAGACGCGUCACAAAGCGAGGGAAUCAGGCAGAUAAACAGUGGGCUGAUGUCUGAGUUUUUGGUCUUUAUGUUUCUAGUUUAUUGUAGAAAGACCUUAAAAUAGGGUUUAUCAUCAAAAACCUUCACCAAUGAUUUAAACAUCAAGAAAUAUUGUUGUUAUGUAUGCGCUAUUAUGUUAUGAUUUUACUCGUCUGGCCCACUUGAGAUCAAAGUGGGCAGUAUGUGGCCCCUUACCUCAAAUGAGUUUGACACCCCUGUCCUAGGGGAACCGUAUUAGAGUCAACAAUGUAACAGAUCUUUCACAUUUACAGUACAAGUACAAUAUACCUGGGAUAUCUUAUAGUUACCUGGCUUCACUAAGCCCCAGGGUUUUUCCUGGCUCAGAAUGGGAUUUUGAUGGGUGAUUACCCAAGACAGAAAGCAUGAUCUGUCUGCGUAUAGCAAAGGCAAGGAGUUACCUUAAGGCAGAUAUCUAGGCAUUAUUUUUGACCAUUUGAUUAACAAAUGUAUAUAUGUAAAUAUUGUUUAAAUAAAUGAAACCCCAUUAACAAAACUGGUUUAAAACAUUUUUUUUUUUUACAUUGGAAAGGAGGGAGGGGAGUGAGUUUGAAGUUGCUGGAUGUCUUUGUCCAUGAUUCUGCUGUGCUGAACUGCAGGCUAGGAACAAUGAGGGAGGUCGCAUCUACAACUCUGACAUCACUGUCACAAGGAGGCAUCACGUUCAGAUCACCCGUUGUGAACGUGUUUACAAAAACAGAUGCCAUCUACAGUGACAAAUGAAGUGUCUCCAGUUGAUGAGGCGUGUUGAGGCUUGUUCACUCCAUUUAUUUGUGAACGUCUCCCAGGUGAUGGUCAUCAGUUCAGGGAAGGUGUUUGCUACCACGGGCUACGGCAAGGAUGGGGUUGGUAGGGCGGAGUGUAGCGAGGGUUGAUGGUGUGCUUGGUAGAACUGCAAGUAUUAUAUAGUAGUACUGCAAAUAUAUUAAUUAAAACAAAUGUUACCUAUAAGUUGACUUAGGACAAGUGUGUGUGGUCUGCUGCUGUGAAGGCAGGGCCUGUGCUGCUGGAUCCUCAGUGUAGAUGAGAAAUGAAAACUAGAUAUAUGUGGUUGGUGCGUUGUGUUCGCCCCCGGGGUGUCUGUCAGAACACAGCUCUUGAAACUUUCUUUUGCUGAUUUAUUGCUAGAAAAUUAGCUUUGAUUCGAGUUUUCUUACAUGUGUGGUUCUGAAACAAAACAGAACGUAAACAAUGACCAUCACACUCCCGACACAGCAUAUGACAGAAUAUAAAACAAAUAUGUGUUACCAAUGCUAUUAUAAUUAACACAUAUUAUACAGUCUAUUGACAUUAUAUUAAUAAAAUCAGACCACUGUUGGAAACAAAACUAAACAUUCCACACACAAUGAUCCGACCGAAACUGUACAGAAUUAAAUAUGGUUAAACUAUCAGGACUAAGAACGUCAAAGUAUCUCAAAGCCAGCUGGUAAAAAAUCUGGGAGUCACAAUGGACCCAGACCUUU